AUGCUCACAAAAGUUUCUGUCGUCUUCAUAGCAACUAUCUUCUCUCUAAUAUCAAUCGCAUUCCCACAAGAAACUGGAUUUAUUGCAAACUUUGUUCCUGAUGCGAGUCAAGGACUAAAAGUUGCAGGGCAAAUUGUCUACGAUCUUUUGUCAAAUGGUCUUGUUUCUGUAAGAGGUCAACUCAACUCGGGUUUCGAUCAAAGUUCCAAUAAAUCCGAUUAUGAAUUCUUCUUGGAUGAUCAUCGAUAUGACGAUUAUCUUAAUUAUACAAUUCUAAACGGGGGUACCUCGGCUUUCGCCAGUUAUAUUCCAGCCGAGGUGAUCGGCUUCAAUGAUAAAAAGAAACGCGGAGACGUUUUAAAUAAACGUCCAGUAUCAAAAAUUAAUUAUAAUGACCAAACGAUUGGUAAAUGCAUUUGUCAAGAUUUACAUCUACCAACUAAUUAA